AUGUCAUUUACGGAUUUGCCUGAAUCAUUUUCUGAUGUAAAUUUCCCAUCUUCCAAAGGAAUGUCUAAGGAUCUUACAGAACCGACCCUCCGGACAAUCUUCAAACCUCUGAGCAGAGUUUACAAAAGUUUCACAUGUGUCAAGGGACCAAAUGAUAUUAAUGAAACACUGCCGACCCUUCAGAUCACGGACGGCGAGAAGAGGUGCAACUUGAGAGUGGGCCAAUUGCUGGAUUGUUUUGCCAGCUUGAACGUAUUCGGUUGGUGGGACCGUGAGGGCCUAUCUUUGUUAUUAUAUUUUAGAAAUCCGAACGAACUCAAACGGGCGAAAGAGUGGAUAGAGGCUAAAAAUCUUGGUCACAUAAUGCUAGACUCCAAUUCUUGCACUAUAAGUGAUCGGCGUUCCGAAACGGAACGCGCACGUGAUCUUUAUUGA